CACACGUGAUACCGUCGUGCGGGAGUGCGCGCCUCGUUUUAGCCGCGGCGACAUUGGACUUCCUCUCGCCUGCCGAGCGAAGCGGCGUCGGGGCGGGACGCACGGUAACGCGCUGGAAAACCACCGCGAGAGAUGCGAUUCUUCACGGGAGAGAAUCCGAGAUAAUUUGUCCGGGGGCGAUUGACGCGUCGUCGAGGACAUGGCGGUCGACAUUUUGGACGAGGAUCAUCUCGCCGUGAGCGCGAUCGUGACCGUCGGUAUGCAGCUGAUCUUCUUCACGAUCGCGGCCACUUUCCAGAUGGACAAGCUAACGGACUUCGCCGGCGGCACCAACUUCAUCAUCCUCGCCCUCCUCACUUUUUUUCUUGGUCAAGUGGGCAAGACGUACGACAGCCGGCAGAUCAUGGUGACCGUGUUCGUGUGCCUGUGGGGCGCGCGGCUCUCCGGAUACCUCCUGUACAGAAUCAUCAAGAUAGGCCGCGACAAGAGAUUCGACGACCGUCGCAGCAACGUGAUCCGCUUCGCCGUAUUCUGGACAUUCCAGGCCGUGUGGGUGUACGUCGUCAGCCUGCCUGUGAUAAUAAUCAAUUCUCCACGCCACAAAAUACCGCCCGCACCGAAAACGAUGACGACCCUCGACAGCGCCGGCACGGGCCUCUUCGUGAUCGGCCUGCUGGCCGAGACCUACGCCGAUCUGCAAAAGUUCGCCUUCAAGCAGGACCCGGUGAACAAUGGGAAGUGGUGUAACGACGGACUUUGGAGACUCUCCCGGCAUCCAAAUUAUUUCGGCGAGAUUGUCGUCUGGUGGGGGAUAUUCAUAAUAUCUUUAAACGUCAUCGAAGGAGCGGAAUGGGUCGCUAUCGCAUCCCCGAUCUUCACGACGCUUAUUAUUCUAUUCCUGUCGGGGAUGCCGUUAUUGGAAAAGGCAUCGGACGAGAGAUACCGGGAUAACGCGGAGUAUCGCUACUACAAGCAAUCCACGUCGCCGUUGAUACCGAUACCGCCGUCUAUCUACGUCGAGGUGCCGCGUUUCCUCAAGUUCAUCCUGUGCUGCGAAUUCCCGCUGUACGACUCCCUGGACGUGAAGCCAAGGGCAGCCGUCACCGAGUCAACGUCCAUUAGCCUCGCCGCGUCCACGUAGCUGUAGCCACACGUCGGACGACCGAAUUCAGAGUCCGGCGUGCAGUCGACACCAACAGCUACGACCAGUACAGCCUUCUGAGUGCUACUUUUAUCCCUCUCUGCGGCACCGAGAACUCUCGUCUCCAUCCGCUGUCAAACAUAUAAACUCGACGGCCGAAUCGUAUAUAAUUCCUAAGAGCGCGAUAUCGGCAUCUCGAGAUAUCGAGGAGUCACACGAAAAACUGUAUUUGGUCGAGCACAUCGAGUAUGCGGGAACCGAGAGGAGUUCCCUCUUCAAAGUGGAAAAGGCGUAUAAAACGAAGUAUUAUUAUUUUUGUAAACUAAAGGCCUUUCCCGGCGUUAUAUAGGCGCAAAAAAAAAACGUUACUCGGCGACUUUUCGUACAGGAUCGAAUGAUGAGACGAACAAAGAAAAAAUUAUUUUUGUAGCGCGACGUUAUUGUGGGUACCAAUGUAAAAGUAGCUUAUCGACCAAUUCGAGCAUCGUUCCUGUAUACGGCAAGUCGACCGUAGCGACUUGAUUAGCGGCUUUAUUUUUAUGUACACGUACUUAAACUCUUAUUUUAGAUACAAGAUUAGAAUACAAGAAGAGAGAUUGGAGAUGAUAAGUAUAAUUUGUAUGUCCUAAAUAUAAUAUCCAGGCUUAAAAAGAAAAAAAAUCUCUUAAAAGAAAGCGUCACUUACACAUUCGAUUAGUCAACCGCUAUUUUAAAGUGCGUAAAUGAAUAAUAUAUAUUAUAUAUUGUUCCAAGAGAAUAGUUCUUGCGGAAAUAAAUUAGGCGGCCGUUUACCCGCGCGCUCGCUGUCAACAAAAAAAAAGUACGUGUCUUAAACAUUGCGGAAACGAAAUUUAAAGCGAGAUCUUAAUGUAACACGGAUAAGAGAUAAUGUAGUCCAUUUUUUGAAACUUAAUUAGUAAUUUAUAAAAUUGACGAUCCAUAGUGGUUGGCGGGUUGAUAACUGUCAGGUUAAAGGUAAGGGUAAUUGGCAGACACGCGCACAGAGAAACGAAACGCGUGUGUACAGUAGUAUCCCAAUUCUCGUAACUCGGCAGCGAAUAAGCAAUACUUAUCGCCGGAGACGUCAGGCGAAUGUAAUAAAAACAGUCACGUUUACAUUUCACCUCGCUAUCUCACAAUCUCGCUAUCCAUUCCGUUGGUAACGUCAUAUAGGAUGCUUACGAAGGAAUUUUAGAUGCAAUACGCGAACGUGGGCACGUCCACGUGUCUCGAUUCCAGUCCCGAGGCUUUCGAUCGAGUUAUUGGAGUCAUAGCAAUAUAUUAAACACAUAUCUCCGCGUGCCGAAUAGAACGUCCCCAGAAUACGAAAAUACAAAUACGAAUUCCGGAAGGAAAUCCAUAAAGCACAGCGUAGCGAUAUUGAAAAUUAACGCUACACGCUAAUGAAAACGAAUUAUCCUCGUGGAUGAAUGAUUCGAACGUUAUCUUUCUCGAUAUUUCACGUUACAUAUGUCUUCAAAGUUUAGAUAAUAAAUAAUUAUUGAUCUUGAUUUGGGAUUAUUGAUAUGACCGACCCUCUCCCCUCUUCAUUAUAUUUAUAUAUGACCCGAUCGCCAAAUGUAUAGAUAUAUUAUAGUUUUUAAAUAUGAUUUGACGAAGAUUCGGACGGCAGACCGCCAAUGAACAAUCAACAGACAUUACAUAAAGUUCGCUUCAUAUUUAUAAACACAUUUUAUUUGUUCGUAUGUAUAUUAAUAAAUGGUGAUAUAAUAAUGACAAUGAAAUGUAUAGCGCCGAGCAUAAAACGAGCAGUCAUAUAUUAUAAUAAUUAUUAAUAUUCCUCUUAUAAUAAUCUUACUGUAUUGAGUGGGCCUACCUACUGUGCUUGCAACGUUAUGGUCUCUCUUGUCCAAAUGUUUCUUCCACAUUUUCUAAUUUAUAUUUAUUUACUCGCACGUAAUAAUCCAUAAUAAUAUGUAACCACAGGUGAAAACAUAUGCGCCGUCCUAAGUAUAAACAGCAUCAUCACUAAUGUUUUUUUCCAUUUUUCCUUUACGUGAUCAUAUAUAUAUAUAUGUGUGUAUGUAUAUAUAUAUAAUCGUUAUCUCAAUAAUAUAGUAAGCUACUUAAAUAUAAUAUAUCUCGUGUCUUCUCGUGGAAUAUGUCCAGCUGCCGUAGAAAAACUACGCAGCCGCUACGCAGCGUUCGUAGAAAAAACUUCAAUUCCCGUUAUUACAUCAAAUUGUCGAUUUUCGAUGCGUGAAAGACACUUUGUAUUACGCAAGGUAAUUUCUUUUUUUUUUUUUGGUUUUUCCUUAACACGUCCGAAAAAUCGUAUAUCAAUAAAAUACGUGGGCAGCACAGCGUUUUGAGUACCAAGGGAAAAGAGAUCAAAACAUUACCUGUGCCUCUUCGCUAAAAAAAAUAAAAAAAAA